AUGUCGAACUUUGUCACACCCGGCCAGCAGCGCUACCUGCGCGCGUGCAUGGUCUGCUCCAUCGUCAUGACCUACUCGCGCUUCCGUGACGAGGGAUGCCCCAACUGCGAGGAAUUCCUGCACCUUGCCGGCUCGCAGGACCAAAUCGAGAGCUGCACUUCACAGGUUUUUGAGGGGCUCAUCACGCUUGCGAACCCGGCGAAAUCAUGGGUUGCCAAAUGGCAGCGGUUGGAUGGCUACGUGGCGGGUGUGUACGCCAUUAAGGUGUCUGGGCAGUUGCCGGAUGAGAUGCGUUCCACGCUGGAAGAGGAGUAUAGGAUACAGUAUAUUCCACGUGAUGGUACCGAGACGGAGGCCGAUGCAUAG